AGAGUGAGCGAGAGAGAGAGAGGAGAGGAGAGGAGAGGAAACUUGCUGAUGGUCAGAUCAGUGGGAGGAGACGUGAGAGGAGGAAAUCCUCAGUGUCUCUCCAUCCGUCUGCGAGUGUCUUUGUGUUCUCCGGAGCGUUCCUGAUGUCUCUCCGUCCAUUCUAGAGUUUUCCCGUCUGUUGAGAGGGAAGCGCAGUAUCCGCGUAUAGGCAGCAUGAGUUUGCCCAGGACCGUGACCUCCUCGACCCCGGAGUGCUCCGUGUCACGUGACCCCCGUGAGUGUAUGGAGGACUACUGGACUGAGAUGAAGACCAUCGAGGAGGAUUUUCAGGGAGGUCACGGGGACAUGAUGGAGAGAGGGAGUGUUGAUGAGGUGGAGCUUGAGGAGGCGUGGCUACAGGAGGCGGGUCUCUCCACGCUGGUGUCGGGGACUCAGAGUGACGGUCCGGCGGAGGCGCUUCUCUCAACGCUCACGCGUACACAGACCGCCAUGGUGAAGAAACGUCUGGAUAACUACACGCAGACACUGCACAAGAGAAACAGACAGCCGAUGAGACACGUGCGAGAAGUAUUCCCCACGCCGGACGCAUCGUCUGCUGAACUGACGCCUCCUGUCUCUCCAAACGGACAGAUCGUGCCCAAACAGCCUCUGUGGAAUCUUCCCAAAGGUCCCCGGUCGUGUCCACUCUUCUCUCCGGCUGAAAGUAAUGGAUCAGGGGGCGGUUCAGAGACGAUCGUGUUAUCGUUGGAGGUGGCAUAUUCGGAGGGCGUGCGAGCGCAUCGGAAAGGCCGUGAAUGCCAAGACUGCAGGAGGAGCCGUAGAGAUGACAGGGAUUAUUUACCUAGUUUUCAGAUGGUGAAGUCCAGACAGGGGGUGACGCGAGUGAACGAUCUGUCGUCCGACGACAUUAAGAAGAUCGGAUACAUCUCGCUGAUUGAGCUCACCACCUUCUACGACAUCCUGGGGAUCGAGAUGAAGAGGAACCGUGUGGUGCGCGCUAAAGUACGAGAGAGCGGGAUAUUCGGAGUUCCUCUCACCGUACUCCUGGAGAACGACCAGAAGAAGCUUCCCGGAUCCAGAAUUCCACUCGUUUUCAAGAAGUUGUUGUCUAAACUGGAGCAGACUGGUUUACAGACGGAAGGAAUUCUCCGGGUUCCAGGAUCUGCGUCUCGAGUGAAGCACUUGCGUCAGGAGCUGGAUCUGAAGUUUUACGAGGAUCGGUUCGACUGGGAUCAGGUGCGUCAGAACGAUGCGUCCGGUCUGUUGAAGAUGUUCAUACGGGAGUUACCGCAUCCGUUACUGACACAACAACACAUGCCCGCCUUCAGCGCCGCUCAGAAUAUCUCUUCACCCAAACAUCAGAUUCAAGCUCUUCAUCUUCUCAUCCUGCUGCUCCCUGAAGCCAACAGAGACACGCUGAAGGCUCUUCUGGAGUUCCUCAGAAAGGUGGUGGCGUUCGAGGAGAAGAAUCGCAUGAGUCUGUGGAACGUCUCCAUGAUCGUCGCUCCAAACCUCUUCACAUUCCGCGGGAAAAACGCCAAACAUGAGGAGAUGCAGGGGGCGGUCGGCACGGCACACCUGGUGCGUCUUCUCAUCACCCAUCAGGACCUGCUCUGGAUGGUUCCGUGUUUCAUCAUCUCUCACGUCAGACAGAUGAACGAAGCAGCUGCAGGGAAGAAAACACCAACAUCAGAGAAAACCAAACGCAGAUUACUGAAGCUCUGGAACACAGAGAAAGACCGAGACCGCAGUGAGGUCACGGAUCUUCGUGACGGUGUCAUCAGAGUUCACGCGCCGCUUCAUGCGAAGGUUUCCAUGGCGAUUCAGUUGAACAGGGAGAUGAAGGCGAGAGACGUGAUGGGUCGAUUUGACGUUGAGAACGGUCGAGGUUCACGCAGCGCCAGUCGACGACAGAAACACUUUCUGUUUGAGGUCGGAGGAAACAUCGGAGAGCGUUGCCUGGACCCAGACACAUAUUUACUGGAUGUUUACCAUGUUAACCCUCAUUGUGAAUGGGUCCUAAAAUCACGAUCUACCUGAAGACGGCCACAGCUCUGAAUGUGUACUGAAGAAACUAAAGGUCAAAGGUCAUGAACCCUGAGACCACAAGCACGUUACUGGAGCCCUUUACAAGCCCUCAGUAAACAUCUUAUGAAGGACUGCUGGAGGUCAGAGGUCAUACAACAGACCAGAGGUGAUGCCGCUGCAUCGUUUUACAUGUUCUCCCUCCACAAACGUUGUGUUUCCUGAAUGCAGAACUCUGGAAGUUUUGUGGCACUGACGGAUCAGUGCAGGUCAUUGAGUUGUUUGGUGCCAAAAACGGCGAUGAAGCAUGUUUCGUCACUUUAUAACACUACGGAGUGUAAAAAGAGCAUGUAGAUAAACUAUUUAUAGCACUAAUUUAUCCAACUGUAUCAUAACCAUUUUGUAUUGUUUCUAUACGCUGCAUGUUUGCAAUGAAGCCAUGUGAACUUAUAAAGUCAAACGCUACACGAGCGACUCUAACCACUUCUGUCCAGCUCAUUUUGAUUUCUUUGGAUUUCGGGAUGAGAGGAAUGAGAAACUGCAUUUAAGCAACUAGAAAGAUUUUUUGGUAAUGUGACAUUAAGAACGUUUCCUCCAAAUUAAUUAGAACUGAAUUAAUGUAUAUUAUAAUUAUUUUUAGAAUCACAGUAAAGUUUUUAUACAUCAUGGACACCUUUGAUGUUCUAACUUACAUUAAUUGCAGGAAAAAAGUGUUUAUUGUUAUGCUAUAUGAAAGUAUUACAGUCAUUUUAAAGAUAAUAAGAGAUUUUUAUUUAAAUUACAGUGAUGAGAAUUUUGGGAAACAUGUUUAAUUGAAUGAAAAUCAUGUAAAACAUGAAGCACAUUUCAGGGCUGUGAAAAUGAACUUUGACCUGGACAUGUUGUUGUGAGAUUCAUCAGGUGAAUAUUACCUCUGGGCAAACAUGAACUGCAUUAAUGCACAUUUGAAGGAUUCUCGUGUAAACUGAUAUUAAACUGUAUUACCGUGUGUUUAAAGCCUUUAGUAACAGGUGUUUAAUGAAGGAAAUGGAGGAUAAUGUCCUUUGAACUCUGAUUAUAAUCACUAACUCUAACUCCAUAAGGGCGGUCGUGGACUGGGCGUAUUUGAUACUUUGUAACACGUCAAUAUCUGCCAAAAUGAAACCAUCAUCAUCAUCAUCAUCAUCAUCAUCUUUAAUGCUCGAAAUUGAAUGUAUAGGAAAGGUCUGUUGAUGAACAUAUUGCUCUGAUUUCAUUAUUAUUUUCUACUUACAAGCUUUUGUUUUUUUAUGUGACACGUUUGAUGUUCUCAGAUGUAGCAGUUGAUUUUAUAGUUGCCAAUUGAAUUGUUGAAAAUCACGUUUUCCUCAUUUGAGUGUCAAAACUUAUUUCAUGCAUCAUGAAGUUUAUUAUGAGUCGGUUUUGUCUGUCUGGUGUGAGAUUAUUCGUUCAUUCUGUUGGUCUUUAAUCGAUUUUGACUGAUGAGUUCAUUUAUAACUACAAACUGGUACUUUUCUCUUGUUUUAAGAAUGUUUCGAUUUUUUUUCGGGGUCUGGGUAUCUCAGCGAGUAUUGACCAUCACCCCUGGAGUCGAGGUCAUGCUGAGUGACUCCUGCCAGGUCUCCUUAGCAACCACAUUGGCCCGGUUGCUAGGGAGGGUAGAGUUACAUGGGGUAAUCAAAUUGGGCCGGUUGUUAGGGAGGGUAGAGUUACAUGAGGUAACCAAAUUGGGCCGGUUGCUAGGGAGGGUAGAGUCACAUGGGGUAACCAAAUUAGGCCGGUUGCUAGGGAGGGUAGAGUUACAUGGGGUAACCAAAUUGGGCCGGUUGCUAGGGAGGGUAGAGUUACAUGGGGUAAUCAAAUUGGGCCGGUUGCUAGGGAGGGUAGAGUCACAUGGGGUAACCAAAUUGGGCCGGUUGCUAGGCAGGGUAGAGUUACAUGGGGUAAUCAAAUUGGGCUGGUUGCUAGGGAGGGUAGAGUCACAUGGGGUAACCAAAUUGGGCCGGUUGCUAGGGAGGGUAGAGUCACAUGGGGUAACCAAAUUGGGCCAGUUGCUAGGGAGGGUAGAGUCACAUGGGGUAACCAAAUUGGCACGGUUGCUAGGGAGGGUAGAGUCACAUGGGGUAACCAAAUUGGCCCGGUUGUUAGGGAGGGUAGAGUCACAUGGGGUAACCAAAUUGGGCCGGUUGCUAGGGAGGGUAGAGUCGCAUGGGGUAACCAAAUUGGCCCGGUUGUUAGGGAGGGUAGAGUCGCAUGGGGUAACCAAAUUGGGCCGGUUGUUAGGGAGGGUAGAGUCACAUGGGGUAACCAAAUUGGGCCGGUUGUUAGGGAGGGUAGAGUCACAUGGGGUAACCAAAUUGGCCCGGUUGUUAGGGAGGGUAGAGUCACAUGGGGUAACCAAAUUGGCCCGGUUGUUAGGGAGGGUAGACUGAGACUUGUGCUCCACC